AUGCUAUUGUUCCCCAAGACCUUAAGGAAACUGGAAAUCGCCCGCUGUCCGCACCAUAGCAACCCAAGUCGCUCCUGGAAAGCUUCAAAGCUGUCCCAUGCUCUUGAAGACCAGCGCGAGUCGCUGGAGGUUUUGAUUCUCAGGGUAUGCAAGGAAUUGAUCGAUCCGAGGUCCAUUAAGACUGCACUCGUGAUUCAUCCGCCGGAUCCGAGUAUCCCGGGUUAUAUCUUUGGUUUGUCGCGGUUUCCGAAGUUGGAGAAGUAUGAGGGGUUUUAUCCGGAUACGUCGGGCAAGUUCAAGCAGAAGCAGGAUGCUGAGGGGAAAUAG